AUGUUUGCCGCUUUCCGCAACGCUGGCCGCGCUGCCAUCCGCGCUCGCCGCUCGUACUCGACCGCCGCGCCCGGCGCCGAGGACACCAACGCCUUCGUCGCCUCGAGGAAGGCCGUCGAGGAGCACGCAAAGCACUCGGCUGACCUCUGGAGGAAGAUCACUUACUACGUCGCCUUCCCCGCCGUCAUCGUCGCCGCCCUCAACGCCAAGUCCCUCGCUUCUGAGCACGAGGCUCACCUCGAGCACAUCAAGGAGGAGAACGGUGGCGAGCUUCCCGAGAGGAUUGUCUACCCCUGUACGUCUGAUUCUGUUGCCGAGGGAAGGCAGAAGGAUCGAAGGGCGCAGCAUACGGAUUGCGCGAUGGAGGCUGUUUUCGGCGGCCGAAAACGCGCGAGAAGGACUUCCCUUGGGGCGACAACACGCUCUUCUACAACCCCAAGGUCAACAUUCCCGUCGAGUAAACGACCGCAGCGGUGGAGCGUGCACUGUUUUGAGGAGAGGUGCAGGACUGGAAGUUGGACGCGUCUGUCAGAACGAUGGAACAGGAUGUCUUUGCUAUGA